AUGGACAUGUCAGGAAUGACCAUGACCACAACCACAUCGGCAACGACAAUGGCCAUGUCUAUGCCCUCAUCUACCUCCACCUCCUCGUCAGAUAUGUCCUCCAUGUCCUCCUCCGACAGCAUGUCCAUGGUAAUGACCUUUUUCAUUUCUGCGCGCUCAUCCCUCUUCACCACGACAUGGACACCCACGAACGACGGACAAUACGCCGGUACCUGCAUCUUCCUAAUUGUGCUGGCUGUCGUUCUGCGGUUUCUGCUUGCGUUAAGGCCGAUACUUGAGUCGAGGGUUUGGAAUGAUCAUGCGCGUGUUACGCAUGGUGGACAUGUUUUGCAUGAUGAUGCGCAUGCUGAGCAGCAGUCACUCAAGGAUGGAGGGCUAGCGAGGGUUGGGCAGGUGAGGUAUGAUUUUUCGAGUCGGUGGGCUGAGUGGAGGGUUAAUGCUGCUGCCGGGCGGGCUACGUAUGAGUUGUUGGUUGCUGGCGUGGGAUACUUACUCAUGCUGGGCGUUAUGACGAUGAAUGUGGGAUAUUUUCUGUCGGUUCUUGCGGGCAUAUGGCUGGGAACGUUCAUAUUGGGAGGUGCUGCAGCGGAUAAUCAAUGGGCUCACUGUUGA